AUGGCGAUCGUGCAAGCGCAGCAGAAGCAGCAGACAGAGUAUGAAGACAUGACGCCGGAGCAGGUAUCAGCAGCACGUAACCAGCUCAUCGAGACCAGAGCUCGGUAUCUUCUACGAAAUCAGGUCGUCGAUUCUGUCCUGUCUGCCAAUCCGAUUCUUAAGGCAGUUCACAAUGGCGUCGACGCAUCGCCAGUAGAACGAGACCUUGCCGGAUACAUACAGCAGCGCGACGAGGUGGCCAUCUCCCUAGCCAAGCUAGCCUCUUCGCUAGAUGAGGUCCGCGAGCGGGCUACCCGGGCACAGAGUGAGACGCACGUAGUAACCCGCGAGAACACGCAGCUGGCGGCCGAGGUCAUGGAUCUCGUAGCGCAGGUCAACGAGAAGAAGUCGGGCCAUCAGACGUUACGCCAUGAGGCCGUGCAGCAGAGGGACGAGCUUCAGGACAACCUGAAGAGGAGCAGGGAACGAUGGAGGGUCAUGAAGGGCAUCACAAGUGGUGUGGUGGCUGGCAGCGGCGUCGACUGGGCGCGAGACGACAAGCUUCGCGACCUGGUUCUUGAUCCAGAGGAUGACGAGGACAUCUGA